CGCGGUGUCGAAACCACCCUUAUAGCAACAACAACAACCCGACAAGUUUGCAAAACUUGAAGACCUAGUUAUCACCUUUGUGAGUACAAGCUCUCAGAAGUUCGAGAAGAUUGGGCAAUUCAUGGAUGUAGCAACUACAAAGUUUUGUUCGGUUGAGGCAGGUCUAAUAAGUCAUCAAGCGAGUCUUCAAAAAUUGGAGACUCAAAUUGGCAAUUUUGUCGGGAUCCUCACCGAAAGAUCAAGGGGAGCUCUACCUUCCCAAAUGAUUGCCAACCCCAAAGAUCAAAGCACCGGUUGCAACGUUAUUCUCUUGAGGAGCAAAAAGGUAACUAUGAAAGUUGUUGCUAAAGAAGUAGUCGAAGAAGAGAAGACUCCUCCAACGGUCAAUGAUCAAGAAGGCACAGAAAGAGAGGAAGAAGAGACUAAGAAGGCAUCGCCAACGCCACCACGAGUGGCUGAAUACAAGCCUCCUGUUCCUUUCCCUACAAGGGUGCAUAAGGACCGAUUGGAGGCGGAGUGUGGGAAGUUAAUGGAGAUUCUCAAGAAGCUCAACAUCACCAUGCCUUUCUAGGAGGCAAUGACGUACAUGCCAAGGUAUGCAAAAUACCUCAAGGGGCUUCUUGCAAGAAGAACAAGCUUGAAGACCUCGUCAUCGUCACUUUGUGCGAGGAGUGCUCGGUCUUCAUCCAAAACAAGUUGCAUAAAAAACAACAAGAUCCAGG